AUGGGAUUACAGGACCCAGGUUUUUCCAUAUUUAAAGCCAAUUUUUAUUACUCAUUUUGUUCAAUGUACGCCGCCACGUGUCUAUGUGAAUACAGUCUCAGCACAAAGCUGGCCAGCUGCCCCUGCCUACUUCUUGUUCCUGGUGCUCGGCCGGUCUUCCUUCUUCCCUGGAUCUGCUGGAAGUGGGAAGGGAUUGGAAGUGGGCCUGGUGGGGGCUACCUUCUAGCAAGGGCCAGGAGUUCCCAGGGUGACCUUGGGGCAGCCUCUCCAAACACUCCGGCCUUGGUGGCCUUUGGGCUCACCCUUUGGAUUUCUCAGCUUCCUAAAUGGGAUGAGGCCUGA